AUGAAUGUACAGCAGUUCUUGCAAGGAACUAUUCCUGGAGAUUACCACAGUCUUUCAGACCAUCAACACCUUUGUCAAAUACACCAGAAUUUGCUAACGACUCAGCAAAAUGUUUUACAACCGGCUGGUAAAGGUGAUCAGUUAGCUAGUGGAUUAGUAGAAUCAAGUGUAAUGGAACAAUUUAACUCUUUAACGAAUCUUCACAAUGAGACGCUUUCCAGAAUCUUAGACAGACACGCCGAAGUUCAGAAUCGUUUGGAUGCUUGGGAAAAGUACAACGGCGAUCAGAAUAAGCUUCUGAAUUGGCUUAAAGGUAUCGAAAAAGAAAGGGAACGCAUGCAACUCCGAUACAUGCACAUUAGACGAAUUCCUAAACUACUUUCUAGAAUCCAGAACCUCUUGGACAAAGUUCCACAAGGCGAAGACCAGGCUGAUGAUUUGCAACGACAACAAAAUCAGUUGUUGCAAUUCUGCGAUGAUGCUUUAGCUACUUCUAUUAGAAUGGAACACGUUGCUAUAAAACAACGUCUUUCCAAUCUGCAAGCUGGCUUAGAUACUUGGAAACAAUUCUUAGAUAGAAUAACUAUUUUAGUUAAAACAUACGAGGACACUGUCUUUAGAAUACAGAAAGAGUUUGAUGAAAUACAAGAGAUUAUUAAUGAAACCGUAUUGCACCAGCAAACAUCCCAUUCUGUACUUAGUAAUAAACUGGAUAUUCUUCGUAAUACUAAAGAUCGUCUAACUGCUACUAGUAAUACGUUACAACAACUCAGCCAAAUGCAAGAACAGCUUAAAGAAUGUCUCAGUCCUUCAGAUAUGAAAACUAUUAACCAGAAAAUGUGGUUGUUGCGUCACCAACACGACGAUCUGGAGCACCAACUAGCUAAUCUUUGCCUUCAAUUAGAAGAAAAACUAGGUAUUAGGUCCAUGUUCGAAGCCAGACAUACCAAGUUCAUAACAUGGGUUAACGACGUAGAAAAAAGACUGAACCAAGAUUAUGAUAUGAACCAAACAUUACUAGAACCCAAAGAAUUGUUGAGGAAACUAGAAACUGAACUUCAAGCUGAGAUGGCGCUCAAAGAAAGAGAAUACAACUGGUUGGUGAAAACUGGUAAAGAUAUAUACGAAUCAUGCGGUGAAGAAUAUGCCGAUGUAACAGCAAAACAAAUAAUUCAGACGCGCACAGAGGAAGUCGUAGAUGAAUGGGAUAGGUUAGACCAAAUCGGCAAAAGUAGGUUCAACAAAAUAAACGACUUAAUGCAAACUAUUUUCCAACUGGAAGAAAGAAUUGCCGAAAUUAGAGCCUGGUUAACUCAAAUUGAGAUCCAGUUAGCAAAACCGCUGGUAUUCGAAGGCUGUACCCAAGAAGUUAUAGACCGAAAGCUGCAAGAGCAUGACAAACUGAAAAAGUCCAUAGAAAACAAAAGCGGUAACAUUAGCGAAGUACUUAACCUGUGUGAUUUAGUAUUAAACGAUCCCGAUAUAAACAAGGCUAAUUUCUCCACAGAAAAUAUCAGUAAUGCUGUAGUUAACAUCGAAAAACGUUGGAAGAUUGUUUGUGGUCAGUCAGCCGAACGAAAACGUAAAAUAAAUCUCAUAUGGAAACUACUCCAAGAAGUUACUAAGCUCAGUGAAAGAGACGAACGUUGGGUCUCCGAGAAAGAAAAAGCUUUAAAUAAUUUAGAUAAGCCUACAAGUUCCUUAGGCAAAGACGAAAUCCAGAAACUCAUCUACGAAGUUGAGACAGAAAUUAAAGAUAUUGAAUCUCACGAACCUGCAUUCCAGAUCCUAAGCCAAACAUACUCUAAACUUAACACAGCGCCAGGUAUAGAGCCGAAAAAUAUUCAAGAACUAACAUCCAGAACCAGAGUGAUCAUCGUAAGGUGGGAAAACUUACUGCCCAAGGCGAGAGCUAUCCUGAACCAACUCCAAACUGAACUAGCACCGUUUAGAGAAUUUUCUGUAGCUCAUGAAGAUGCUAUAGUUGGUCUUACUAAACUAGACGCACAAGUAACUGAGUUACAACACUUACUUCCUGAAAAAGUAUCGCCUCAAGAAAGACUUAAGAAACUUAACGAGAUCGAAAAACAACUGACGCUACAGACGCCCAAUUUGGAAAACGCUGAUAAACUUGGGUUGCAAAUAAUGAAGAAGAGUACAACAAAAGAGGUGGAGCUUAUUCAAGAAAUGAUUGACGAGUACCAGAUUCUGUGUAGAAACUUGCAUGAACGAAUCACUUAUAUAAAGACUGAAAUAGAAACUAUAAUUAUAGAAAGUAGACCUCAAGAAGUAGAUGAAAGUGUUCAAGUUGAAACACUCAAGUUCGAACGUGAUUCUGCUGUACAAGUCAAUACCUUACCACCACAAUUACAAAAGAUGACUUCCAUUAGCGCCAAAGACGCGUAUUUAGUAGAGCUAGAAGCUGCUUUGGAAGAAUGCAAAGCUAACUUGCGACAACUAGAGGAAAACGUUAAUAAAGAAAUACCUAAACAGGGUUCUGCCGAACUGCCAACCAGUAGCAAGAAAAUAGCGAAUAUGUCGGCAAGUUGUUUAACCAGUACUGAAUUGAUCAAACAUCUUCACGACCUUCUAAUUAACGAGUGUGAAGCUACUGAUAUUGAAGCUUACUCCGAAGAGGUCAUCGAGCUUUUGGAACGAUUUAGGAUUCUGCUGGUCAGGGCUAAAGACAAAGAACAAAAACUACGAGAACUUAGAACUGCUGCCUGCGAUGCUUAUAACCUUUUAUGCACACACGAGGCCGGUCGCAUCCUAUGUCCACUAUGCACGAAACGCAACUGGGCCCAACUAGAUAACGACCUCUGGAGACUAGAAAAAUGGUUACAAGUUGCCGAAGGUACCCAGAAGACUCAAAAGAACCCACCAUCUAACAUAGAAUACCUGGAAGACGUUAUCCAAGACCACCGAGAGUUCCUUCUUGACCUGGAUAGCCACAAGAGCAUCGUGAGAUCGUUGAACAUCGUAGGAACUCACUUGGCCGAUCACAGUGAAGAUACCAGCAAGGCUGACGAGUUGAGGGUGAGGUUGGAGACUGACAAUAGAAGAUGGGACGUGAUUUGCCAUCAUGCCACGGCAUGGCAAGUACAACUUCAGAGAGCAUUAAUGAAUAACCAACAAUUCCACAGUAUCAUCUCGGAACUUUGUAUUUGGCUGGAGAAAAACGAGAAGAAGAUCCGAGCCUCAGAACCAGUGGAUCUGACAGCGCCCCACGACAUCAUAGAAGCCAAAUACCAACGUUUCCUAGAUCUUCGCGUGGAGCUAGAAAGAUGCGAACCCAGAGUUCUUAGCCUUCAAGAAGCAGCCAACCAGCUGUUCAGAGAAGAAGCUCCCGAAGGUUCCAGCACGAUUUACAGGAGAUUGACCGAGCUACGUUUGAAACUUCAAUCGUUGAUCAAACUUACAGGGGUAUAUACUCUUAAAUUAGGCGCUGUUUUAGGAAGGGAUCCCAACGCGAUAGGUUACUCGGCCUCUUCUGCUUCUACCUCUGGUUUACCGUUACAAUCUCUCAACUAUGAUCUUUUGGACCAUCCCAGUCAAGAUCGACCUGACGCCUCCUCAGCAGAUGCAGCCGCCUACAAUGGUUCCGAUGAUGAAUCCGAAAUAAACACUUCAGUCUUGCGACGAGGAUGCCGAUUCUUGGGUAGAGUGGUACGAGCAUCCGUACCCAUCCAAGCAGUAAUGCUGCUGAUGCUGGGCGCUGCAUCUUUAGUUCCUUUUUCCGAAGAUGACUAUGCAUGUUCACUUGUAAACUCCAUAGCAAACAGUCUUACGCCGACUCUGAGGUACGACAACGGUCCACCGCCUAUUUAG